AUGGUGUGUUUGAUUGCAACGCUUAUUUACUCGAUAUUGAAGGAUUGGAGCAGCGGGAACCCACCCUCAGGCGCACAAGUCAAAUCAUUCAAUUCCUCCUUCCACAUCAGUGUUUACAACGCUCACCAAGCGACUCUCACACGCAUCUUUAACGGUAGUCGAAAGAAGUACCAUGUACUGAUGGCGCGUCUCUACAAGGCAGUCAGUGCAGUAGAAAGCUCAGAGCCCGCUGGUUCAUUGGACGCCGCUUGUGAUUACCUUGAUCUUGAUGCAAUGGGUGAAGAUUAA